CUCUCUCUCUCUCUCUCUCUCUCUCUCCUUCACGAGUUCUUUUUUUUUCGAUCCGCUCCUUCACGAGUUCGAAGAUGAAAACAUUCAAGUUAAAAAGGCGCGCAACAAUUGACACCAAAACCGCUUCCCCAAAGCCCGAAGGAGUCCAACCCCAACCCUAGGAGAAAAGCAGAAAUUUUGAGGAAGAAGACACAGAGAGAGCCAUGUCCGACUUCAUUCCUGAAGACGUAAUUGUGGAUAUACUCUCCAGACUCCCAACCAAGUCCCUAAUCCGAUUCAGGUCUGUUUCCAAACUCUGGAAAUCUCUCAUUACCAGCCCUAACUUCAUCAAUUCCCACCUCAAUCAAUCGCUCACUAACCCUAUAAACAGCUACGACAAUCUCCCACUUGUAAUAGUCAGGCAAUGCGUUCCUAAUCCCUAUAUCAGAUUAGAGCACUACAAACUAUUUGUUGAUACUGGUGAAGAAGAAAACACAUUUGAUGAAUAUUUGGAAAUCCCAUUCCCACUCAAGAGCCGUCGUCUUCACUAUCACUAUUUAAUGGGUUACGUGAGAGGUUUGUUCUGUCUUUGGGAACAUGAUAAUAUUUUCCUUUGGAACCCAUCCAUUAGAAAGUCCAUAAGCCUUCCCAAGCCUGGCAUUACCAAAAAGACACACGGCUCCUUGAUUGAUCGCCUAGGAUUUGGAUAUGAUUCUCGGAGUAAUGAUUAUAAGGUGGUCAGAAUAGUAAUCCUUUGUGGAAGUGACCGGUUCGAAGAUGUUGAGGCUCCUCUCGUUCAGGUUUACUCCCUGAAUGUGGGAUCGUGGAAAAUGAAUCGUGGGGCGGGGGAGUCUUUUCCCAUUGGAUUCCGAAUGGCCUAUUCGCAAAACUUUACCUCUUGUUUGGAAGGGGUUCUUCAUUGGGCAGCCGAGGCUACAAGAAAUUCAAAUGAGAGAUUGGUUUUGUCAUUUGAUUUAUGUGACGAGGUGUUUAAAACUAUUCAAUUGCCAAAUGAUCUUGCAAGUGCAAAACUCGACAUCACAACUUCAGUAUGUGGGGGAUUUCUUUCUCUGUUGUGUGAAGAUAAUCUCGAUCGUGCAAACAAGUCUUGUUCUAUUUGGAUAAUGAAAGAGUAUGGCGUAGUUGAUUCUUGGUAUAAGUGUGCCAAAGUUGAUCUAACAGGAGGAAUUAAAGGGGUAAUAGGUAUCCGAAAGAAUGGUCAUAUAGUAUUGGAGGGUUACACAACACAGCCUUGGGAGCUUUCUUCAUAUGACCCGCGUAAUAAAGAAAUCAAGAACUUGGGAAUUUAUGGUGCUUUAGGCCAUUUUCAUGUUGAUACUUACGAGGAGAACCUUACCUUACUCAAUAAGACAGAUGCUCCAGUGUCUAAAAGGGGCAGGAAGAGGAAAGACAGCACUCAAUCACUAAUGGAGGCACAUGCACUUUUUACCGAUGUUCGAAGUCUGAAGCAUAAAAUUGUCAUCCUGAAAGAAAGGGUAGAGAGAAAGAUAGAGGUAGCAUGUGAGGUGGUAGCGAAAAGGGGGCAUCAACAGUUUGCUGAGGUCCACGCCAAACUCCAGAGUUAUCCUCCGCAAUGUAUACCCAAGGUUUUUCGCGGCGAUGAAGAAAUCAAUUCGACAAGGCUUACUGCCACUUCUCAAGAUUCAGUGGUGAAUGAUUGUGAUGUGGCUGACAAAUUUAGCCACGAUCGCAUCCUUGGCAGGGGUGAAAGCGUGAAGGGCAAACAUUUGAAUGGUGGCACAUCUGCAGGCCAAGGGUUUUGCAGUAAGGAUUGUUCGGUGAACGAGGAUUUGGAGUUUUUGAGAAAGAUGAAGGCUGAAUAUGCUGAAACGCUGGAGAAUUUUUCUCGAAUGGAUCAAAUAGUGGAGACCAUUAUUACCUAAAGUACCCCCAGUUCCAGGAAUGUAGGAGUCAUAUGAAUGGAGAUCAAGUUUUGGUUCAACUGACGUAUGAGCGGAUUGUAAUUGAGAUCAAAGAGAAUUUUCCUUGGCAUUUGUUGGUGUUAUCUUAUCUGCUUCAAUCAUGGCCGAGAUACUACUGUGAAAACUUGACCUUUUAUAUUUGAACUUAUUUAUCACACCACAAAGUUUGUUCAAGGUGAUAUUCAGAAAGGCAAAGUUCACUUUAACCUCCUGUGGUUAUCGCUAUGUGCGGAUACCCUCUUAUGGUUCAAGGUGAUAUUCAGAAUUUUCCUUGGCA